AUGAAAUCUCUCUGUGAGAAAGGAAAUUCAGACGAGAGACGUGUCUUCCAAAAAUACGUGGACGAGUAUGCCAUAUUCUACACGGUGUCUGCAGUUUGGUUUAAUUUGUGCGCAUAUGUCGUUCCUAUUGGAACGCUUUUCAUAUCCGAUCCUUUCCCAACGCCGGCACAAUAUCCGUUCGCAGUCGAUUCUGAACCCAUAAGAAGCAUCGUUUUCUUUCAACAAGCAUUUACAGGUUUACAAUGCGCGUCAGCUAUAUGUCUUAACAUAUUUUGCGCAUUAUUGUUGCUCUUCACUGCAGCACGCUUCGAGAUUUUGAUGAACGAAAUACGCUCCUCCAAAGAUAUUGCGUCGUUCAUAAGAUGCAUAAAGCAGUAUUACGAUAUACAAAGGUAUGCAAAAGAAGUGACGAGUACAGCUCAAUACACAACUCUAAUUACGCUGAGCAUUUGUGGCCUGGAAAGCGUUUUUACCGGUAUCAUUCUUAUUGGACGACAACCACUUGCUGUGAAAUUUCAAUUUAUUUCCGUGUGUUCUACUGUACUGAUGGGGGUAUUCAUGUGCGCGUUGCCAGCUGACAUCUUAAUGGAGGCAAGUGAAAACACUAUGCGAUCAGUUUACGAAUCGAAAUGGUAUGAUCAGCCUGUGAAAGUACAAAAAUUUGUAUUAUUAAUGAUGAUACCUCAAUCGCCAGCGAUCUUACAGGUCAAAUGUGUCAUUCCAGCUUUCUCAUUAAACUAUUAUUGCUCGGUACUAGAAUGAUUUCUUUUUUUAAUACAUCUCAUUGCCGUCUUUAUCUAUGCAGAAAUUUGACAACUACUUGAUAUUUCAGUUCAUCACGAACGUGAUGUCUAUGUUUACGGCUUUACGAGUUGCCAUGGAUGAAGAAUAA